AUGAGCACUCAAGAGGGAAGAAAAGACCAAAUACUGAAGGGAUUCAAACUGUAUCCUUUUUCUGACUGAGGGAUUAUGUAUGCAAGUUUAGCUGUAAGUUUUUAGAUUGGCUAUAAACUUAUCACAGCCUCUUCAACCUUAAUGUAAAUUUGUUGUUAAUAUGAUAUAAAUUUACUUGAUCAAGUUGACUUCGACCGCGUUGGAGGAUUAAUGCGGUCGGGUGGUGAUAAUUUGAGCGUUUGGGAAUUUUAUAAAGUUCGAAGUUUCAUAUCUUUUGAACUGGCACACAAGAACUUUCUGCAAGCGUGGUUGUUUAUGUGUCAGUAAUUUACUGUCUCUUAUUCUACUCCAGUAUUGUGACAAGAGUUGUAAGAAUAUUACUACUUUUACUGUACAUAUGUAACUUUUUUGAAAUUACAUUAAGCUUUAAUCCAACUAAGAACUAAAACAAUUUCAUCUUACUCCGUCGAGUUGCUUGGCUAUUUUCCAUGUUAUUGCGUUUGUAAGUUAUAUGCAACGGUGAAAAUUCAGCGAUCGAUUAGAUUACUAAGACAGACUUAUCAGGGCCGAACAGUAUUUUUUGUGUGUCUUUUUAUAUUGAAAUCAAGUAAGUGAGAUUAAUUGAUUUUGUACAGUGCAGACGUAAUACCAGGUGAAUCUAGUGAUAUAUUUACUUUCUGUAGCUGUUUAGACAAGACUUAAUAAAAUUUUAACUUUUUUCAACCUCAUUAGAAAUGAAUUAUCCCUCAAUGAAAAGAAGUAAGAAAAAUUGAUUAUGGCAAUUUUUAAUCUUGGUUGGACCAAGUAGAUAAGACUUGAUUAUUGCUUGUGUUUCUUGAGUGAUAAAAUCCACCCGGUCCGAUAUCUUAUGCAAACUAAGUUUUGUCUAGCUGUCUGAGUUACAAAGCUCUUGUCAGGAGUCUCCUUAAUAAAGGCUUACAAGCAUGUAUUCAUGGAAGGGAUCAUGGUGCAAAGAAAGUCAGUUUUACAGCUUGCCAUUAGGGCAAGUUGUUGCUAGUGUGUACUAGCCCAAGAGUCUUCUUAACUAACCCAAAAGAUUUUGUGAUAAGUAACAUUGAUUACAGUUCUUCUGUAAUUUCAAUUUCUCAAAAAACUUCACUCGCCCUUCUGACAAGAACAGAAUUCACCAGCCUGAUUGCAAAAUCCAUUAGCCCCAGGCUAACAGACAUGACUGUCUUUGCACACUGGGUAUCAAAUUCCAUCUUAUGAUUAAUGGCACCAAGUUAUCAAUGUUAUGUGGGUGUCAUAUGCAGCUUAUACUUCCUUAUUCUUGUGUUUUUUUAACUGGGUAAGUGAUCACUGAUUGGCCCAGAGAACAAUACUGUGUUCUCUUGCCUCAAGGGAAUAAUAACUAUUAUUAGUUUGAAAUGAUUCCUAUAAUAAGUUUGUAGUGUCAUUGGUUUGUAAACUGAUGCAGAAUGACAGCUACAUAACUGUUUUUUUUUUAAGUUUUGGAGAUAAAACAGCUUUCAUUUACAGUAAGAUUAUACAUUCAAUGGUUUAAUCCUUUACAAUAACGCAGAAACUGGAUGAAUCUUCGUGAUGCAGAUAAUGGAAAAGUACUGUGGCAAGGAAGUGAUGACCUGUAAGAUUGCUUACUAUAAAACUAACAAUUUCUUGAACACUGGAAUUAAAGGCAAAUUUUUGAUGGUGUCAUGACCAGUCACAUUGGAGAUCUAAGACACAUCAAAAUUUGAACAACUUAUAAUGCUUGCAAUUUAGUUAUCUCACACCUGAUAUGCUUUUUCACUGUUACAAACACAUUCCAUUUUUAUGGUAGUUUCUCGGUGGUGCAAACGGGUGCAAUCACUAAUGAUACGAAAGAUUGAAAAGACAGUGAAAAUACCAACAAACACAAAAGCAAACCAUCAAUCUUUUUGCAACACAAAGAAAUACCCAGUUUUAUCUUCAGUGAUUUUUGUUAUCCCUGCAUCCUGCGUCCUUUUUGCAACACCAAGAAAUACCCAGUUUUAUCUUCAGUGAUUUUUGUUAUCCCUGCAUCCUGCAUCCCUGACAUAUAAAAAUCCUUAAAGAUGCAAAAUAAUUAAUGGCAUGGGUCCCGUAGGACUUAAAGAUCAAUUGAUCGGUCUGAACAUGUGUAUUUGAAGAAAUAUCAGGCCCGUUCGUGUAAUUUCUGAAGCAGUUAUUAUGGCUGUUGUUUAACGAUGCAUAUUUCUUUGAGUCUUUGUUUUCCUUUUAAAUAGAAGGACUAUAUUAUAAUUUCAGUAUACUGUAAUACAGAGUUUUCAGAUUAACUGUCUGGUUACAUAAAGGCCCAAGCAUUUUCAAUUUUGGACUCUUUUUUAAACUGGGACUUCUUGGUUCUGGACUUGGACUCAUGAUUUUUUACAAGAUGAGUCCCAGGACUCACCAUAACUAUUUGUAACAAAAUCACUGUAUCUUCGAUGUUCAUGGUUUGCCUAGUAUUGCAGUAACUGACUGAAGAGACCCUUUCACAUUGUUUUUAUUUGAACUUUUAAUAAAGAGCAGUAAGCGAAUGUUCAUCUGGUCCCAGUUGUUAAGAAGGUAGAUCAUGCUAUUCACAAGAUAAAUCUCUAUCCACUGGAUAGUGCUAUCCAACGUUUGAGCAACCCUGGCCAGCUCUAUUGUAUUGGGUAACUUACCAAGUUUAAAGCUGAUAGUUCCGAAGAGAGAAAGAUUCUGAUCCACAAAGUUGUAAAAUUUUACAGACGUUUGUAUCCUGGGGCCACGACCUUGUCCCCCAGUGAGCAAACAUCUGUAAGAUUCUGCGACUUUGAAGAGCUAUAUCUUUGUUAGUUUUCAACAACUCACUUUAAAACUUGGCAGUCUUUCCAGCCAUGUUGACAGAUUUUCACUUAGUAACUGGUCCCAAUCGAAAGUCGAAAAAACCAUAAAAGGGUAUAUUAAAUGGGUUAAAUAAAGCAUUAUGCUUCACUGAGCAUCAAAUUCUACUUCCUCAUUCUUUUGAGCUGCGAUGCCACCGGCGCUUGUUUCCCAUUCUUUAUGUUGUCAGUUAUACUUCACCUAUUUACUCCCAGGAAGGUCCAAAGUCAAAAUUUCAGCAGAAUUCCCAAAUUCAACUUUCUAGAAUGCUGGAAAUGAAUUAGGGCCAUGUGAAGGCACUGCUAAAGAGGUUUCAGUUGAAUGGUCACGUAACAGGAUAACAUCCACAGACUCAAAAGUUCAAACAGCUUUCCAAGUCUCCACCAUUCACUCUGAAACUAAAGGGAUAAUAUCUCAACUAUAUAAUCUUGUUUAUUUGCAGGUCUGUCCCUGGGCAAGAACAUGAAGGUAUAAUAUUUUAGCAUUAGGCAGUGUGAGACAGGGGUGUUGUUUUGUUUGUCGUGAGCAACAAACCUCUAAGUGCUACUAAGAUGACUUCAAUAUUGUAACCUUUAUUUUGAGGGUCGCUUUCUUUCCUCUGGUUUUGAGUGUGUGUGGUUGAUCUAGUUGUUGCCAAUCUCCAGGCUGCCAUGGCUCACCUUCAUAGUUCCUUUCUCUGAUGUUCUAACAGAUGCCUUUUGCCAUGGUUAUGAAAGGGCCAUGUUUAAAGUGAGACAUUGUUGUUUUCUUGUAUAUACAUGCCUGUGGGUUCCUCACUUAAGUAGUUGCUGUUACUGAUUCAUUUACAGCAAGAGUGCCUAAAAAGAUUCUCAAGUGUAAGGCUGUGUCAAGAGAGCUAAACUUCUCCUCCGAACAAGAAAUGACAAAAUUCAGAUUGGAACAAAAAGUGAUGUUUAAAGGAAAGUGUUUAGAAGGUAAGAGAUAGUCAUAAUUCUUCAGUCAUGAUCAAUGUGUGAAAAACAUGCCUUAAUUCAAGUGCCUGUACUCUACGUUCUUUUUUUCUUUCUUUCUUUUGUGUGAGGAUUUUGCUGUUUUUUUUUCUUGUUCAACCCCUUGCGGUUAAGUUUGCGUAGCUAUUGACAGUACAUGUACUUAAUAAUACCAUUUUUAUUAAAAAAAGGGCCCUGAGAAAAUACUUUAUAGUUUUGUGAUGCUAAAGGUAAGCGCCUUGUCAUUUUCAGUGAAGACAGUUUUUUCAGAGAAUAACUGGAACCACUUUCUACAUAACUUGCCCACUGUGUGGAAACUGCUCAAUGAAAUGAAUCCAUGCAAACUCCUCCUACAAUGCAGAUUGGGCCCCUCCUCUAAAAAGUGAAUUUUCUCAUCUUGUGAGCCAUGUUCAGACACAGCUCCUGAAUGUCCUUUGUCCAGCCUAACUCUGACCCACUUUUCCAACUUAAUCCCCCCCCCCCAUGCACCAUACUGUACUAGAAAUAUGUUAUCGUAGAAAUCUCACGAAGCUGUAAAGGGUCAGCAGUGAGGAUAAAGGGAAAAAAUAUGAACAAAAAAUUAAAACUAAACAGAAAUAAAAAUGUGCAAAGAAAACAAAAAUAGCCACCUUGAGGUUUGAACUUACAUCAUGAUUACCUCCUGCGCAAGAAGCUAACUCCCAAACCACUGGGCUGCACUACCGCUAAACAACUAAUUGUGUAAAAUUAACAGUCUUAAACCUUUUUUUCCUGCCCUACAUGCUGUUUGAAUCUUGUGGAGCUGUAAUUUUAUCAUAAAUUCAAAGAUACGAUUGAGAAAAAUUAGCUCAAAUGUGUAUUUCUAAGCUAUUUUGCAUUAUUUUGGUGUUAACCCAUUCACCCCUGAGCCACCCGCUACUGUCCAUGCGGAUACACGUCCUUUCUACCACUUGUGACGUCAUCAGUUUUAGUGGACAAGGACAACUUUGUGCGAUAACUUGUGAAGAGUGAAGACAUCUUUCAAACCAUACCAGAAUAAGCACAAUUCAGUCAAGGACACCGGAGAAAAAGGCAAAAAAACCAUGUAACAUUGACCUGAAAUUUCCAUAAAAAUCUUGUUCCACUACUCACCUACCUUUCCUUUCAUCUAAUCCUAAGAUCCUAAAAGCUUUCCUAAAAUUAACUUUUCCCACCAAAAUGAAGCCUGCUAAAUGUGCAGUAGGAGAAAAGAAAAAUGAGGCAGGGAAAGCGAAAAAAGAGGGGAAGAGAGAAAGCAAAAUUAAAAGAUAAGACUGCUGUGCCACGUUUAAACCCAAAAAAACCAAUUCGAAUUUUUGCUUUCUGAGCAUGCCUGAACUUCGCAAGCUAAUAUUUUGUAUCUGGAUCAGAAGUCUGUGAAGUGUACAACCUGUAAACGCCUUUGUAAUAAGUUUUAGCUCUUUAUAGCACAACAAUGACCAGAAAACCGCUCGACUGGCUUCAAAAUGCUUUUUUCGGCAAAGUCUCCAGGGGCGAGUGGGUUAAUUCACUCCUAGGCUUGAUGGCCAACUAAAUCGAUGUACAGCGCUGAGCCGAAACCGAUUUGGUCGAUCAGUGACAUCGAUUGGCUGGAAAAGAACCAAUUCCUUGUGGGUUUGCCUCGGUGAAAUGUGAAUUCAAAGUUACACAUUGUGUAGUUCCAGGAAAUAUCCAGACCCCCACCACUGAGGGAAUUUCACUUAGGACCCCCCACCUCCCUGGAUUUUCCAUUUUUGCAGGGAACUGAUGGCCCCCCCACCCCAUUUGUGGAAUUUCCACAAAUGUGACAAAGACCCCCCAACCCCUAUGGAAAAGUUCAUUUUCACGAAGAAAGACUAUUAAAGUAGAAGAAUGAGGCCAUUUAUGGUUAGUACGCAACAGUUUCCAUCAGAAUCUUGGAUGCUUCUGUUUCCAUUUAUUUGAGUGAUCUUGCAACAUUAAAGGGUCAUUAAAACACACUACACCACCACAAAGUAACCUGAUCAGCAAUUUUGCUUAUCUCUUGCUUUAAAUGAAACGGAUAAAGUAUUGUGAAUUUACCUUAAUCAAGGCAAGCUUACGAUUUGUUAUUCAUCUUCAUGGGUGUAAUGUUGAUAUAAUUAACUCCAUUUCGUGCGGGAAUACAGAACAAAUCAAACUUGCAACCACAAAUUUAAUGCAAAACCAAGAGAAGAAUAAAAACUCUGAAUUCUGGAAUGAUAACAAUGAAUACCUUCUCUACAACUUAAAGGGAAACCAAGUUCAAUUUACUGCUUUUUGAUCGACUGAUGCGACGUGAUGCGCGAUGGCCUCAUGAAUGUUUGAUGAAAUCCACACCAUUUCAGCGAGAAUUCGAUCAUGAACAUGCCACACCUUCAACCACAAAAGUAAGGGAAAAUGAAAAGAAGAAUAAAAACUCUACAUUCUAAAACUGUUAUAAUGUAUAGCUUGUGCUUCAUGAAGUAAAAUUGCCACUCUACUGUUCUUCAAUCGAUCGACUGACGCAACCUGAUGUGUUGCACGUGUUGAUGAUUUGAGAAAGACUGGUAAUGAGUAAUGGCGGCCGAAUAUACGAGCAUGCGGCAAAACGAGUUGUAGUCGGUCUAAUUCCUUCAAAAUUACAUCCAAAACGCUUUUGGAAGAAAGGAAACCGGGUUAAGAUCAAAAGGAACAAUCUUAAGUGAUAUACUUCAAGUUAUUCAUGCCCUAAAAAUGAUCUACCAGGUCGGUACGAAGCAAUGUUCGAACUCAGGUCGAAAACGAAAUGAUAUUGACCCCCUGGAAAGUGAUUUUAUGGUCCAACCCCCCUCCCUUCUGGAAUUUCCUGGGAUUCUGACCCCCCUACCCCCCUGGAAUUUCCAAUUCCCUCCGUGGUGGGGGUCUGGAUAUUUUCUGGAACCACACAUUUCAGGGAAAAGCAAGGUUUGAUGGUAAAAAGCCAAACUGAAGCACACUUGCGAAAAGCAAAAAUAUCCAAAAACUGAAGACAUAUCACAAGCCGAAGACCGUCGUAAAAUCAUCUGUGAAGUGAGAUACCGGCACUGGCAAAUGUUUUUUUAUGUUGAUUUUCGGUGUUCUUGUAGCUACUAGUCCAAAUUGCUUCAUUGUUCUCUGGAAAAUACUUGUUCUGUGGAAAUUAAUCUUACAGAAGCAUUUCGUGAUCGCCAAAGGGCUGCAAAAACAGUCAAAACAAUGCCAACAAAGUGUUUUGCUUGAUGACGUCAUUAAAUUGUGGUCACCCAAGUGAUAAUAGAAAUAUGGCCACAUGAGAUUGCAGGUCGCUAUGAUGCUCGCGUGAUCUUCUUGCUGCAUGCACAACAGAAUUAUAUACUCGCUCUGCAGACCUGACAGCCCUUGUGUGUUAUAAGAGACUAUCAAAGUUACUGAAGUUUGGGGGGGUUGCACUUAUGUAAAAGUGGAUGCUUGAUUAAUUUUGUGACCUUGAAAGUGGGGGCAUUUCAAUGUACUCAACCCUCUUUUCAUGAGUUGCUUUAGAGAGACCUCUCUUGCCCAGCACAAAGGGUUGAAUGAACAAUCAGAGGUCCUGUGACAAGGUAUUGGCCUUACCUCACCUCUUCGUAUUUUUUUAUGGGGAUGGGAGUCUAACUCAUUGCCCAACCCCCUGGCGUUGCAGUUCAUCUGGCCUUUCACCUAAAGCCGUCCCAACAUAACAUGGCUGAACCCACCAGGGACUAAGGUCCCAACUGGAUAUAGCUUCCAGGGCCAUCAGGGCACACAAACCUCCCCACCAUGUUAACCCUUUAAUCCCUAAGAGUGAUCAGCAUUAAAUUUCUCCUUGUAAUAUCAAUGCUUUGUAGAACAGAGUGGUUAUGAGAAUUACAGACAUGAUCACACAAGAUGAAUUUUCUUGAUAUUUUAUCAACUUCUCCCCACUACUUCAUUAGGAAAUGAAUAGGAGGAACAAAUGAGAAUUCAAAUUUUGAUCUUAAGGUUUAAAGGGCUAAGGUGCAACACUCAGGGAGGGACAGCAGAACAAAAUGUCAGGAACUGGCUACUUGAAUCAACAAUUUUCUUGUUGAUGAAAAAAUUAUUGCUUUGAUAGGUUUUUGUCACUAUUUUUGCUACAGUAGAGUUCCAUACACUGUAUUGCAAUUUUAUUCUUUUUUUGAAAUUGUUAUUUUAAUUCUUUUGUUCAUAGAAUGGUAUUUUGAUUUUGGAUUUGUCAUUCCUUCGUCUACAAACACUUGGCAGUCGCUUAUAGAGGCAGCUCCUGAAUCACAAAUGAUGCCAGCAAACGUUUUAAAUCUGAAAAGACCAUUUUACAAUCUUGCAGUGAAUGUUGGGAAUUUGAAAAUGAGUUUUACUUUCCAUUUUAAACAUUCUUUCUGUGAGACAAACAUCCAGAAAAUGUGGAUACAUUUUGGCAAAUUGGGCAAGACUAAAUAAACGCAAUUAAGUUUGAAAGAGUGCAAAUUCACUUUUCAAUGGUGAUAUAAUUUCCCUAAUCAUAACUAUAACAAAAUUCUCAAAUCUGAUUGGCUAUCAACUGCCCUGAUUUCAGCCUUGAUAGGACAGUUUAAUUGGACAGUAUGCGCCAUGCCUAAGUAAUUGGAUAGUAUGCGCCAUCAUGCGCAUGCUUAAUGGCUUUUUUGUUCACUGCUAGCAAAAAUCUUGGAAUUUCUUGUGUUUUGAUUUUAAAAAGAAUUUAUAUAUCGGACUCCUGCUCCCAUUCGUUGUCUCAUUUUGUUAAAACAAAUUCCCGCUACACGGUUGUCUGAUUUUGUUAAAUCACUUGUAUGAUUACAAACCGAAUUGGACUCCACUCAGUCCUGUUACCAUUACUUAUACCCUCUGGCAUAAGCUCCCUAUACCCAUCUCUGCAGCUUCACCGUUUUGACCUCUUAUUUAGUUGGGCCCAGACUUUUGAUCAAGCAAAUAGGGUAGCAGUCUGUUCCUAAAAAGCUAUAGUAUCAAAAGUAAUUACUGUAUUUCUUUGUUUCAGUGGCAAUGUGGUAAUUGAAACAAAAUUCUUUGAUGGGGACCUCCUUGUCAGUACAUCAAGAGUGCGAGUUUACUAUGUCUGA